CCCGGAUCCUCGGUAUAAAAGGCCACUGCCACCAUCGGUAGAUCUCACACCAACACCACUACACUACACACCAGUGCCCUUACUGAUCCUUCUCCAGUGCACGCCAAUGGCCAGCGUCGUCGUCCUCGCUGCUGCUGCUUGCUGCUGCAUUCUCCUAGCGGCCUCGGUGUCGCCGGCGUCGUCGGAGCCCGCGGUGUACAGCGUCGGCGACGGGAGGGGGUGGGCGGUGCCGGCCGGCAACGGCACCGAGACGUACAACCACUGGGCCAAGAAGAACCGCUUCCAAGUAGGCGACGUCCUGGAUUUCAAGUACGCGGCCAAGGACUCGGUGCUGCUGGUGAACCACGACGACUACAAGAUGUGCAGCACGGUGACCCCCCUGACCCGGUUCGCGGACGGCGACACCAAGUUCAAGUUCGACCGGACGGGCUUCUUCUUCUUCGUCAGCGGCGUGCCGGGGCACUGCGAGGCGGGCCAGCGGAUGAUCGCCAGCGUCGCCGGGCACUCCACGCUGGCCGCCGCUCCGGCCAAACCGCCCUCCGUCGGCGUCGGCGGCCGCGCGCCCAGCCACAGCCCCAGCCCCAGUCCCAGCAGGGCGGUCUCUGCCCCGGAGUCCCCGUCGUACGGGUCCAGUUCUGGCGGAUCCACCCCGACGACCGGUUUCGGACCCAGCCCGUCGACCGAGCCCGGUGGCGCGUCCAGGCGGGCGCUCUCCAUUGUCACGGGGCUUGUCGCCGGUGUCGUCGCCAUGAUCGCGUUGGCGUGAUCUUACUUAGAAGAGGUUACUGUAGGCUACCGAUCGUUAGGUCUGUGUCAUCGGUGUAGGGAUUAAUGUCAGUCUUGAGAUCUAUAGGUAAUGGUAGGGAGGAACAUCGGUUAUGGAGUCUUAGGUGAAUUACUCAACUCAGGCGAGACCUUGGUGUCAUGUAAUCCAUUCGAUCCAGUCAAAUAAAAUGGAAAUAAACUUCGCCUUGUGAUGUUCA